GCUAAAACUUAUCACAAUUUUCAUAUAAUUAAAUUUCAAAUACAACGCAUUUCGAUCCACAAAAUCCCCUUAAUUUCUAAAACAAUUAUUUCUCUGCCAGCUCCCAAUCUUCCCAUCCUCACUCAUAAAUAAUCCAUCUCCCAAAUUCCCAAAUCACACACAAACCAACCCUUCAACCAAUUUCCACCAAAUGGGUAUCUCCAGAUUCAUUGGGGACUUUCUACAGACACUUGGUGGGCGAUCCAGAGCAGCGGUUGAAUCCACCAUCGACGCCGGCGAAUCGAAGCCCAACAGAAUGGUAUACGACGACGUACUACUUCGAGCAUUGAUUACAGUGUUUGGGAUGAGGGAAAACGGGAGGAUCAAAACGGAAAAAGCAAAAGGGGUGGUGGAGAAACUUGGGUUGAUAGAAGAGAAGGAAAAGUUCGAGUUGGCGGCAGGGGAGGGCGGGGAUGAGGUGGCGGUGGAGGAGAUGAUCGGAGAGGAAGAAGGGAAGAGAAAUGAGCUGCUAUAUGAAGCGUUCAAGAUAUUUGAUGUUGAUGGAGAUGGGUUUAUUGAUACCAUUGAAUUGAAAAGAGUGAUUGAUUGUUUGGGGUUAGAUAAAGGGUGGGGGAUUAGGGAGAUUGAGAAAAUGGUUAGUGUUGUGGAUGUUAAUUUAGAUGGUAAAGUUGAUUUUAGUGAGUUUGAAUUAAUGAUGGGUGUUAAAUGUCUUUGAUUCUUUCUUUUUCAAUGCCAAAAUUCUACACAAACGGUAGUUUUGGCAUAAUCUUUGUUCAAUUAAAGAAAAUAAAAUGAAAAAAAAAAAAAACUUCCUCCCUCUCAA